AUGAGAUUAAACGCCGUACUAAGCGCCGUGGGGCUUGUUGUGAGCACCGGAAUGGCGUUCGGAUUGCAGGAGGUUUCGUCGCUCGAGCAGAAGCCCGAGAAACUGCCGCCGCAGUACGAGUACCAGUCGAUCCACCAGUUUGAAAACACGCCAUUUUCCUCCUGGGACGAGUACACGGCCACGGUGAUCAAGGACAGUGCGAACGUGACGUUCGAGGAGAUCAACCUCCUCAACGUGUAUGCGCGGCCGUUGGUCACCCGGCUCAUCAACGAGAACUUCUUCAAGAUCUUUAGACUCAACUUGUACAAGGAGUGUCCGUUUUGGUCGAAUUCGCAGGGUUUUUGCAUGCACAAGAGUUGUGCCGUGGACACGAUCGACGAUUGGAAGAACCUGCCGGAUAUCUGGCAACCGGAAACGUUGGGUCGGAUCGAGGGACUGAUGCACGAUCCGCCCACCACGAACGGUUCGUGUAUUGCCACCGGGAUCAAGAGCACCAAGGAUUACUGUGAGAUCGACGAGAUCAACGACGAGACCGUUUAUGUGAACCUUGUGGAAAAUCCGGAACGGUUCACCGGAUAUGGUGGUGACCAGUCGUUCCAGAUCUGGCAGAGCAUCUACAACGAGAACUGUUUCAACUUGGGGUCGGAACAAUGUUUGGAGAAGAAUUUCUUCUACCGGCUAGUUAGCGGGAUGCACACGUCGAUCAGCACCCAUUUGACAAACGAGUAUCUGGAUCUGAAGACCAAAGAGUACGGUCCGGAUUUGCGGCAGUUCAUGGCCAGAGUCGGUGAUUUCCCAGAUCGACUCGAGAACCUGUACAUGAACUACAUUUUGGUGGCCAAGGCGCUGAUCAAGCUGGAACAGGCGGGUGUUUUGGACCGUCUGCGGUUCUGCGACGGCGAUUUCCAGAGCCAGGAGUCGCAGCUCAAGUCUUCGUUGAAAAAGCUGGUGGAGCCGUUCUGUGAGCUCGGCGACACGUCGCGGUGUUUGUUCAACGAAAACACGCUGUUCCAGAGCGACGGCGCGGGCCAGCUCAAGGAGGAGUUCCGCGAGCGGUUUGUGAACGUUUCGCGCGUGAUGGACUGUGUGCACUGCGACCGGUGUCGGCUAUGGGGCAAGGUGCAAAUCACCGGGUACGGAACCGCUCUCAAGAUCCUGUUUGAGCUGGACAACCACGACAGUUUGAGCGAGGACUUCCAGAUCUCGAAGAUCGAGCUGAUUGCGCUCGUCAACACGUUCGACAGACUGUCCAAGAGCGUUGCUUCCAUCAACAACUUCAAACAACUGUACGACAAGGCCAUGGCUGCCGAGGAGGACGGAACAACCACCAGCGUGUCGGAGGACACGUUUGGAAUCACGUCUGCUCCCGUUGCCAAGGAUAUCAAGUUCCCUGUUGGUCGGACAGGUCCGGGACUUGGAGAUAUCUUUAUGGAGGAGCUCAAUAACGUUUGGGAAGCCCUGUGUUUCCUUUAUAGAAGCUACAAGCUGUUCCCGAAGAUCGUGUACAAUUGGGUGCUGAUCCGACUGGUUUACUACUGGAACACGUUUGUGGGCCACGUUCAUGAAGAUUUCGAUGUUAAUAGGUUAUAUAGACUGGAAUUAUAG